ACCUUUUUAGUGGGUGGUGUUUUAUUUUCUAUUUUUAGUUAAUUUCCUUAGUAAUCUUUUAAUUUCGACACAAAGGAACCUCGAGAGCCUCGGCCCUGAGAUGCCUCCCGUCCCUUCUCCCCCCUAAACGACUCCCUCAUCCGCUCGUGCUCCACUUAAACCUCGCGCAAUGCCCUUUAAGCUGCUUAAGAAGUCCCGCCAUUACAGUGUGGUGUCGAAGAGUCUGUUCGUCAUUUCCGUGGAAAUCCUGGACGGUACCAACGUGGAGUGCACCCUCUCCUCCGAGAGUACCGGCCAGGAUUGUCUGGACGUGGUGUGCCAGAAACUGGGCCUGAACCAGCUCAAGUUCUUCGGCCUCCAGUACGUCAGCUGCCACGGGGAGGGCACCUUCCGCUGGCUGGAACUGGACAAACCCAUGAAGAGGCAACUGGACAAACACGCCCGAGGACUCUCGGUCUAUUUGCGGGUGAUGUAUUACGUUAUUUCAGGUGUGAGGCUCAUUACCGAUGAGGUCACCAGGUACCACUACUUUUUACAAUUGAAACAGGACAUAAUCGAGGGCAGACUGGGGUGCAGCCCUCAGCAGGCCACCGAACUGGCCAGUUACUCCAUGCAGGCGGAGUUCGGGAACUUCGACGCCGAACGACACACCGCCCUCUACUUGAAGGAGUUCCAACUAUUCCCCAAGACCUGGAACGAUCCCGUUUUCCUGGAAUCCCUCACGGAGGCGGCCAGUAGACAACACGCCGCCCUCCACAACUUACCCCAGAGUACCGCCGAGGAGUACUAUAUCUGUGCCUGUCAGAAGCUGGAGGGGUACGGGGAGGAGGAGUUUCAUGUGAAGGACAAGGAGGGAAACGCUGUUGCCAUCAGUAUAGGACUCACUGGGGUCUCGGUGUUCUUAUUCGGACAAGCCCUCAAGGAGAUAUUGUUAUGGGGUUCCAGUUGGUCGGAUAUUAGCAAUGUGAUCAACCAUAAGAAGGAGUUCUUGAUCGAGUCGGUGGGUGGGGUGGAGAAGGCGGAUUUCCUGUUUGGGGACGUGGAGAGUGCCAAGAACGCCUGGAGGUUCUGCGUGCUGCAGCACAUUUUCUUCAGGCAGUUCGAGCUGGACGGGGGGGACAACGAUCCCGCGGGGGAACCGCCCCGGAUUCCAGUCGCAACCCCAAGAGGAUCCCCGCGAGCUGGACAGCUGCGAGGACCUGACUCGCUAUCCCGCUUCCUCCCAGUGGGACCUCAAGGUCACCUCCACCCAGAGUCUGUCUCAACGCGCCCAGUCCACCUCCUGUCUCGACCUGCACUCCACCUCGGCCACUGCGACAGAGAGGAGAACCUGCGGAACCUGCUGCCCUCGUACCGCCCCGCCCCCGACUACGAAACGGCCGUGCAGCAAAAGUAAACGGCCGCACCCCCACCAACCACCUGCAGGUCUACAGCUCCCAUCCGGAGAUCCAUUAUCCGGACAUCACGCGAAACACCCUGCCGCCCCUUCGUCGCCCAGCAACAACAGCCCCACCAGCAACAACUCUGGCUGUACAAACAGCCGCCCUCUUACCCCCCGUCGGUGCGAAUCUGCUCCAACUCCACCCCCGACUUGGCGGUGGGCGGCAUCAAUCACCACCACCUGCACCAACUACUCUCACGAAUGUGUGGGCAGAGUGUGAUGCUGAGGGCGGCGCAGCAGCAGCAGCAGCAGCCCCUCCAUCCCCACUACGGUCGAUACCUGCCGCCCCCGCCGCCGCCCCCUCCCCCCAACGCGGUCAUCAUCGAGAACCCGAACAUCACCAAGCACAUCAAGAAGGUCCUGGACGAGCACGGGAACAUCAUCUACUGCAUGCCCGCCAACAUGAAGGAGAUCCUGCAGGAGCAGGAGCCGAUUUACGAGAACAUCCCGAGGGCGUGGCGCAGGGGGCGGCAGCCGGAGGCGGAGCAGGAGGAGACGCGCAGCAGGGCGCAGAGCAUCCACUCCGCCCCCCCGGAGAUCAGUCAGGUGGUGAAUCACUCGCUGGUGAACGCGUUACAAGCUCAACUCACGUUUUCUCCCCCAACCCCAACAGCAGCAGCAGCAGCAGCAGAAUCCUCCUCACGUGAAAACGUUUACGCCAACAUCCCGAAUGUUCUGGAAUCUCCAGUGCGGCAAGUGCAGAUGCCGCACGACUCAACACCCUCUCCCCCGCCCCCUCCUCCGCCCCUCCUGAACACCAGCACGGGCAGCAACAAGUCACAGAAGAAACGAAGAUGGGGCCUCCUGAUGGGCAGGGGGAAGUCGGAGGAGAAAAUCAAGAGUGCCACCCUGAAGCCGGAAAAGAGGAAGGAGGCGGGGCAGCAGCAUCGCUGGUCCACGGGGCAGCCGAAGUUUAACCCUCUGCCCCCCAGCAUCACCAAGGAGGCGAUGUGUCAACUGUUGGAGAACAAACUGGGCGACAGUCAGCUGUUUUUCGAGUUCGAGAAAAUUCCCAAGAAGAAGGAAAACGGGGACUUUUCCAGCGCGCUGUUGCCGGAAAACGCGCCCUUCAACCGGUUCAAGGACGUGCUGCCCUACGAGGAAAACCGAAUCCGACUCACCCCCACCAAGGGAAACAAAUACGGAUACAUCAACGCGUCCCAUAUCACGGCGACGGUGGGCAGUAAACAGCGUUUCUACAUCGCGGCGCAGGGCCCCACCAGGGCGACUCUGCCCUACUUCUGGCAGUGCGUGUGGGAGGCGGAGGUGUAUCUCAUGGUGCAGCUGACGGACCACACGGAGGACCUGAUUUAUCUACCAGACGCUGACGAAAGGAGCGUUAAUGUGGGGAAGGACUACCAAGUGUGGUGGGAGUUUUCGCAGAAAACCGGCCACUGCAUCACCAGCAAGAUCCGCCUGUGCCAGACGGCGUCGCGACGCUACCGCACCAUGUGGCACCUGCACUACACCGAGUGGGGCGACCGGGGCGGCUGCCCCACCGCCGCCCCCCACUUCCUCGGCUUCCUCGAGGAGAUGCAGAGCGUCUUCCAGCACUCGAUGACCGAAAUUCCGCCGGGGCACAACAAAAACCCCCCGAUCCUCGUGCAUUGCACCGCGGGCGUCGGCAGGACCGGACUCACCAUCUUGGCCGACCUGCUCCUGUACACGGUGGACCAUAAUCAGGAGGUUUGCAUCCCCGGGGUGGUCGCCCUUUUGAGGCAGCAACGUCCCCAAAUGGUCCAGACGGUCGCCCAGUAUCGGUUCGUCUAUUCCCUGCUCAUCCACUACUUGAAACAGACCAGACUUAUUUAGUUUUUUGUUUUUUUUUUAAUAAGAGGCCAUUUAUUGUGUGUAAUUUUGAUUUAAUUGAUAAGUGAAACUA